UGCUCCUCCGCCCAAGGCAGCCAUUCAUCUACAAAACAGAAGCUUGCUCAAACGAUCAUAUUUGGAUAGAUAAACAUCAUCAGUUUCCAUAAUGCAAUAUUUUGAAAGAGAAUAACAGUUGCGAAUGAACGGUUUUGUUGGACGAAGUGCGAGGAACUAGUUUGACGGUGGAAGGGAUGAGACUGCAGCGGGUCGGGUCAGCUGUGUGAGACAAACAAUGGUGGAGGGAGGACCACAGGUGGCGCACCUCCCGCACUGACUUGAACGUGGCGUUGCAAUCUCCCUUAACGGUAUUGUCAACAUGGGUGACAAGGGGGAAGGCAUCACUGAGAUAGACACUCACAUCACCAAGAAGUACGAGAUCCGUCGCAGGAUUGGCAAAGGGGCAUAUGGUAUCGUGUGGAAGGCUAUUGACCGUCGAACAGGGGAAGUGGUGGCUGUUAAGAAAAUCUUUGAUGCCUUUAGAAACGAGACGGAUGCGCAACGCACCUUCAGAGAGAUAGUCUUCCUGCUGGAGUUCUCGUCGCAUCCCAAUGUGAUUCGUCUGCUCAAUGUGCUGAGAGCAGACAACAACAAGGACAUCUACCUCGUGUUCCAGUUUAUGGAGACUGAUCUCCAUAAUGUUAUCAAGAAAGGCAAUGUUUUAGAAGAUAUUCACCGACGCUACAUCAUGUAUCAGCUGUUCCGAGCUGCUCGUUAUCUGCACUCUGGCUCUGUCAUACACAGAGACCUCAAACCCUCUAACCUUCUGUUGGAUAGUGACUGUCGUGUCAAGGUUGCAGACUUUGGACUGGCACGUUCUGUAGAGCCCUGUGCUCGGGUUGAACCACAAGGUGAUCCUACACUCACAAAUUACGUUGCAACAAGAUGGUAUCGAGCUCCUGAAAUCUUGUUGAAUUCUAAAAGAUACACAUUAGGAGUGGACAUGUGGAGCCUUGGCUGCAUCCUUGGAGAAAUGCUACUGGGUAAACCUAUGUUUCCUGGCUCUUCUACUCUUGACCAGAUUGAGAGAAUAAUGUCUAUUAUAUCUCCUCCAUGCAGAGAAGAUUUACAUCUUGUUUCAUCACAGUAUGCCUCGACUCUUUUGAGUAAACCUCAUGGCGGCCGAACUCCCAAGCCUCUUAAAGAUAUAUUGGCAGGUGCGCCAAAUGAUGCCAUAGAUUUGAUUGAAAAGUUGUUGGUGUUCAGUCCUGACAAAAGACUGACAGCGGAACAAGCUCUCAAACACCCUUAUGUUGCAAGAUUUCACAAUGCUGCUAAUGAACCAUGCUUGGAACAUGCUGUGGUGCCUUGUAUUCGUGAUGAUAUACAGCUUAGUGUUGAUAUAUAUAGAAAUAAACUAUAUGAACUAAUAGCCUCUCGAAAAACUCGUUUAAAGAAUUCAUCGAGUAGCGAUCGAGCUAAUGGUGUCAGUAGUUCAAGAUGUAAUACCAAUCAAGCAAAUGGUCACAAUUCAAGAGACCAUAGCAGCUCACAGUUUAAGUAUAAUAACCAAAAUGCUUCAAAUUCUCAAAAUGCAAACAACCUAACCACAAUAAGAGGUGCACAAACCUUUCAAACAAACCAGCCAAUUAAAGUGAAAGUAGUUGCACGCAAGGUAGACAGACAAUCUAUUGCUAAUGUUGAAGAAUGUGCUCGGCUAUCUUCAAAGGAUAGCGAUAAAUCUUCAGCCAAGUCGUCUGCAAAAUCUUCAAGUAGUUCUAGUCCAACCAGCAAUGGUCGUCACAAGUCUAUAUCUCCCGUCAUCUCAAGACCAGCAGAGUUAACACCAGAAAAAAGACGUGAAAGAAUUUACAGUCAGCAUCCUAAUGAUGUAUCGCAAAAGCAUCGCAGCCUGGACGGAGGGAGUGCCAUGCCUGGGGGAGUGCCUGUAGCAAGGUCAGGAGGAGUGACGGUGACACUUGGAGGAUCGUGCGGGGGAGGAGGGUCAGGUGAGAAGCGUGGGCCUUUCACUAGGUCUGUAUCCCUCACCUUCCCUGCUGCAAAUGAGUGUUCACCCACCAAGGUUAUUACUAGUUAUAACAAGCAAGCAUCACUUCAAAAAAUAAGCCCCACUAAAAAGUCUUCAGCAGCUCUAUCACCAGUCAACGGAGACAUAAAGAGCAGCAUUCUUGGACGUGAAGCAGCGUAUAGAUCACCAACAAAAUACUCCACUACUGUGUAUAGCACAAAGUCCUCUCAUCCAUUAUUUGCUACAUAUCCGCAACAUGCUACAAUAUCAUCUGCUGCAUACAGGCAGCUACGGCAGGGUGUAAAAUAAGUAAAUUAAAGGAUAUACUAGAAACACGAAAGAAAGCUUUAGUAUGUAAGGAUUCUGAUUAAGGGAGAAAUGCAGCUCACCAUUGCAAUAGGACAUGUGCAUCACAGCCAAGUCAAAAAAGGAAAUUCAUGCAGCUGGAAGGACUUUGAUCUGGUAGGGAAGUGCAGCUGAUAAUGGUAAUGUGAGGGCAAGUGUGUUUUAAUUAGAUUAGUUAAUCAUGGUCCUGUGAACAGGAUGGUCCUGUGAAGAAUUUUAGCAUUCAAAGCCAUCAAGUGAAACCAUUAUAAUUAGUGUACCCUCAUUGAAGAUGCUCUCUCACACACUGUAUGCAUUUGUGCACACACACACACAUACUGCAUAUUCUUAUGGAAUCAUUUGUUGUGUAAGCAAUGCAAAAUUUCAUAUAUAAACAUCUUGCCUAAUAAAAAAUGUAACUAAUGAGAAGUUCACACACAUGACUGAUAGUCAAUACAUUCUCAUCCUUCAGUAUGCAAAUUUGAAUAAUGUGCCAUAGUGAAUUUGUUGUUUAAGGAAGUUAAUUUGUACUAGUCUGUCCAGCAAUGGGCACUACACUGGCAUUUAAUUUAUUGAACAUGUUCAUUAUUAUUAAGACAUUUUGUGAUUGAGCACAGUAACACAUUUGUCAAGCAUUUUUGUUAAAUUUAUAUUAGGGUUUUAGUUUAUAUACAUUUUUGUGAGGCACAACUAGAUUUACUUAUCAUAUUUUGGAUGUAAUUUUUUUUGAAGAAUUGUCUAAAGUCGGUUUCUUGCCGUUAUGAACUGAGAAUAUUUAUUAUGCAUAUUGGAAAAUAUCUCAAUUUACUACACUUCGUGGCAAAUUGUGUAUGUACCCAGUUAUUCAUUUGUAAAGGAGUGGUCUUUUCAGUUGACGUGAAGGUUUUACCAAUUCAUGUUCCAACACAUUGGUAUCUUUUGCUGUGGAGUCUUCCAUGUAAUACGCCCAAGAGGAAGGUAAGUCAAGUAUGGUAUAUAAUUAAUAGAGCUUUUACCCUUGGAUAUAAAUGCCAUCCUGAGCAACAUAGUUUGCUUGUAUACUCUUAGGUUAAUUUGAAAAUCUAGGUAGCCAUCAUUCCUAUUUACAUUUUGUUGUUAUAGUCUGGGUUAAUAUUAGAUCACAAUAUUUUCAGCAUUACCAUGUCUUUCAUAGUCUCAGAUUGAAGCAUUUGCAUAAUAGUAAUGAUUAGCCUUUCCUCUCUAUAUAGAAAUAUAAAGCUCAAUUCCAGAUCAGUAAAGCAUUGUACAGUUAAUACUGCUGUAUAGACCAUGAUAUUGAUCAAUUUCUCGUAACUUUCCAAUUAAAUAUCAUAAUAUUCCACUCUGCCUCCACAGCAUUGGUAUUUCUUGUUUUUAGUCUCGCUGUAAAUACACGUCUAACUUGUCACAUUAUGCUGUUCACAAUUAACGUACACUUCAUAGAAAAUCAAUCUUUACAUCAUUUGUCACUGUCAAUCCUGAGUGUGCUGAUUGUUUAAAUUUCUUACACCAUUUUGGUUGCUUCAACUCAAGUAAUUCUUGUCACCCUUGAUGUUUCAUACUUCACUAAUAUUGCAAAGCACAGUACUACAGUAUAGUUAAAUUGACAGUUCUGGGUCUUUCAGAGAUCUUGCCUAUUGUUUUUAUGUAUGGUAUUCUUAAAGUGCAAUCUAUAUUCAUCUAUCCAUUAUGGUGCCAUUAUCCCAUUAUAGUACCAAUUUUCAUGAGUCGGGAAGGCAUCAGCAUAGUUACUGAACGGCAUCUUAAAAUAAAUGCUUCUUCUUUUUCCAACCACAGUAAUUUGUAAUUUUGGCUUAGUUUUAAUAGUAGCUUUUGUAGUCUGGAUUUUCCACAAUUAAAAUCCUUUACUGAUGUUUAUACAUCUUUCUUAUUUCCAUAGUUCUAAGAUUACACUUGUAUUUACUACCUUUAAUUAAACAAGAACCUAUCUUAAUCGCGUCAAUGAAUUGCCAAUUGGCCUGUCAAUAGUCCCGUAUCUUAAUCCCAAGAAAAUAACCAUCUUUCUUAACAUUAACAUUAUUACAACUGAAUACAAUAUUGCUUUUGCAGAAAAUCAUUUUUUCAAUUCAGUAUUUUACCAGAUUUACCAUGUACACAGAACCUGUUCAUCACAUACUUGAAUUCUUAGUAUUGUGAUGAUGAAAACUGGAUUAGGGUAACCACUUCUUUACAAGUCUCCUUUUAAUUUUGUAAAUUAUAUUAUGCAUUGCAGUACCUAACUAUUGGGCAUUAAAUUUUAUUACAUUCAUAAACAUAAGUAACUAAGUACAGUACAGCAUACUGUGUGUGUAUGUAUGUAUGCAUGUAUAUAUUUAUAUUUUUUUUUUAUUCAGCGUCCUCGCACAAAUUAUAAAUUUGGAAUGUUUACAGAAAUUUAAUAUAAUUUCACAAACUACUUUCUGUAGUUUAGACAUUGCCACACAAAAAUAUUAAAAAAAUGAAAAUCACUUUAGCUCCAUGAUUUCUUGGUAAUUUUAUACGAUGUAAUGUGAAAAUUGUGCUUUAAUUAAUUUCUUGAUAUUUUUUGGUUAUUUAUAUUGGCGAGUAAUGGCACCACUACAUUACAUUACGACCGGCACAUAGAGGGAUAAAGGUUGACCUGAAUAGUCAAGUCUUACAGCACGUGUCAGAUGCUGGCCUCAAUAAAAACUUUGUACAUGGUUAAACUGGCCACCGCGGAAAUUACUUUGAUUAUAUAGUCUUCAGGAACUUAUUAACUAUACAAUUACUUUAUAGCUUGUAUUUUGAAUGAUUUUGCACAAAACAAAAUGUAAUCAAAUUUAGUUGAAUAAUUGGGAAAUUUAAUAAACUUGUACAGUAUGUGCAAGACAUAAUCUUAGUGCAUAAAAUAGAAUGUCAUGUAACUGCACUCUUAAAAUUUUUAAACUUUUUUCUACUGCAUUUCAAUUUAAUAUAAAGUAAAUACAUUUUUUUCUAAUUAACAUUGAAAUGUCAGCAAGAUCUUAGGAAAAUAAUUACUGUAAGCUGCCAAGCCUUGCGUCUUGGAAGGCCUCCCGACCUCUUCUGGUAAACACGCUAGCCUCUGGCUGCUGCUCCCAUCAUCACUGUUGCUCUGCUGAUUUAAUAGAGCUUGUAAAUGUUUUCUGCACAAAAGAACAGUAAACAAACUGAUUUUUUUCAGUAAUUUUGGCUUUUAUAAAAUGCUCUUAUAUUAUCUAUUGGGGCAGGAUUUAUUUUGUGGAACUUUAAUGAGGUGUACUGUACUCUUAUAACUUAAGAGGCGUUGAUCAGCAGGUCUUCUGCACAGGAUAACUUGGAAAGUGUGCAACAUUGUACCAACAAUUGGUCAAAUAACACCAUAUCAAAAAAUAAAACAGCUCAUAUGAACCUUUAAAACUAAGGACUUAUAAAUUCUUAAAUAGCUUUGGUAAUCUUCCAUUACCAAGACUGAGCAAAAGGCGAGGCAGUACAAAGACUUCGAAAAAGUAUUUUACUUCCAUUUUUUCGUUGUCUUCAGUGCUAACACUG